CUUGGCAUUUCCGGUUUGUGGUUGUGAAGAGUGUCAGUUGGAGCUGCGGGGAAGGAAUAGUGGGAGUCGUUGGCAAUUCAAAGGAGAACUGGCUUGUCCUUAAUUGAAGAGUAAGAGACAAGGUAAAUAUGAAGAACCAGGAUGAAAGUGUUCACUGCCAGCGUACACUAGAUUCAUCUGCGUGCAGCAGUCCUCUGGCCAUAGAUGAAGUUGUAGAAGUGAAGGUUGCUGCAGUCCAAGAAAGUCAGGAAAGUGCAGAACAAGUGGAAUCUAAGGUUAAAGACAAAGAAACUGAAAGCCCAAUAGCCAACAAGGAAUGUUUAACAGAGAAUGGUGAAAAAUCAACAGGUGAUGCAGAAUGUGUAACAGAGAAUGGUGAUAAAUCAGCAGGUGAUACGGAAUGUUUGACCGAGAAUGGUGAAAAAUCAACAGCUGCAGAAAUCACACCUGCUCGUCAGACUGUAUCUUGUGAUGUAUCUGAAGAACUCAGUAGGAAGCUUGAGGACAUUUUGAACACCUACUGUUCAGACGCUAGCAGUGAAGUUGGGCAAAAUGAGGAUGGAAUACAAGCAGAAGCAGUGGAGACUGAAGACGUUGAGAAGGGUAACAGUGACUCCCCAAAAAAUGGGGAGCCGGAAAUUGAGUGCCCUGAAAUGAAUGGAGAAAAGGAGUAUGCUAAGUGUGCAGCGACUGUGGAGGACUGUAAAGUGAGCAGUGAUAAUACUGAGAAAGAUCAGAAAAGGGUGCAAGAGAAGAAGAAGGCCAAGGGUCUUGGAAAGGAAAUUACACUUUUGAUGCAGACACUGAACACACUUAGCACACCAGAGCAGAAGCUAGAAGCCCUGUGUAAGAAAUAUGCUGAACUGUUGGAGGAGCACAGGACGUCACAGAAACAAAUGAAAAUGCUUCAGAAAAAACAGGCUCAGCUUAUUCAGGAGAAAGACCAUUUAAGGAAUGAGCACAGCAAAGCCAUCCUUGCACGCAGUAAGCUUGAAAGUCUAUGUCGGGAACUCCAGCGGCACAACCGUACACUCAAGGAAGAGGGUGUACAGCGAGCCCGAGAAGAAGAGGAAAAGAGAAAGGAGGUCACUUCUCAUUUCCAGAUGACCUUGAAUGACAUCCAGGUGCAGAUGGAACAGCACAACGAACGGAACUCAAAACUUCGACAAGAAAAUGUGGAGUUAGCAGAAAAGCUGAAAAAACUGAUUGAGCAGUACGAACUGAGGGAGGAGCACAUAGAUAAGGUGUUCAAGCACAAGGACUUGCAACAGCAACUUGUGGAUGCAAAGCUACAGCAGGCGCAGGAAAUGCUGAAGGAGGCAGAGGAACGACAUCAACGGGAAAAGGAUUAUUUGUUAAAGGAGGCAGUCGAAUCACAGAGGAUGUGUGAGUUGAUGAAACAGCAGGAAGCUCACCUCAAGCAACAGUUGUCGCUUUAUACAGAAAAAUUUGAAGAAUUCCAGAGCACUCUUUCCAAAAGCAAUGAAGUAUUCACUACAUUUAAAAAAGAAAUGGAAAAGAUGACCAAAAAGAUAAAGAAACUUGAGAAGGAAACAACAAUGUAUCGCACAAGAUGGGAAAGUAGUAACAAGGCUCUACUAGAGAUGGCUGAAGAGAAAACUCUUCGCGACAAGGAACUGGAAGGUCUUCAAGUAAAAAUCCAGCGCUUGGAGAAACUUUGUAGGGCGCUUCAAACAGAGCGCAAUGACUUGAGUAAAAAAGUUGAAGAUCUGAGUUCUCAGGUUCAGCAAGGUAGCAGUACACAAGUAUCAAACCACCAGGGGCCCUACAGAGAGAUUCCUGAGAAGGGGACUUCAGCAAUGGAUUCCCCUGUGCUGCCAAGCAUGGAGGCCUCCACUGUUGUAACAGAGACUUUGCAGCCUGAGGAGCUUGCAAAAAGCACAGCAGAAUCAUGCCUAACAUCUGCUGAAUGUGUACCGAGUGGUGAAGUGGUUCACCAUUCACAGUAGGCAAUAGAUCAUUUCCACUUCAAGACCAAGUAGAAUUGUUUCUGUAGACUGAUACAGUGAGGUAUCACUUCUGGUCUCUGUCCACUAGGCCAGAAAAGGUCAAAAAAACUCUCCAGGACUUUGGUUUUGAUUGUUGGGUUUGGUUAUCAAGUCUUUUAAAGUGCCAUGCCAUUUAGUGGCUUUAGCGUGGAAUGAGUCCAGAUUUGUUUAGAUUGAGUAUUGUUUGACAAGGUUUUUUGGAUGGUAUUUAAUUAUACAUUUAUUAUAGCACAUUCUUUGUCCUUGGACUCUAUUGUUGCAGCCAGCAGUGUGCGGCAUUCUAUUAGCAUGCAGUAUAGCAGUCUAAAAUGUCAUAACCUCAGGGCAUUAUCUGUGCAUGGUGUGUUAGUGCUGUGUAAUGCAUGACUAUAAGAGGAAAAGUGUGUAGAAUCUUUUCUUAAAUGGCUGCAGCAGAACAAGAAGUUUGGUCAUUUACAUCGGGGAUUAAGGCUAUGAGCUGCUUUUGACCUUUCUCCAAGUCCUGGGUUUGAUUCUUUCUCCACUUGCAAACUUUGUACCUGAGCAAGUCACCUGACCAGACAGUGCACACUGUUCACCCCUAAAUAAGAGGUAACUUAUGCACAUAGGCUUAUCUGAUUAACAGAUGAGUUAAAAAUGGGGGUUCUCCUGAAAAGUAGUAGUUGUGCCAAGGUGUUUAGUGAGCUAAAAAGGAAAAUGGAAUGUAAAAGCACUUAACAGAUUCACAUUGCGCAUCACAAGAUCAGGACAACUCUUAAGGAUGAGUAAAUGGCCAGAUAACCUGUUGAUGAAAUGUUCCCUUUGUCACUGCGUUUUAUUCUGUCCUCUUUACCUGGAUUGGCAUGUAAUGUGUUUUUUCCGUCUACCAUCCCUUUUAAUCUUUUGCAACUUGUUAUGCAGCCAAUCUUCCCUGGCACUGUCCUCUGCAGCACAAGAUCUGUGUUAAUGUAGAAACUUAAUUUAGGGGUUUUGUCUGAUGUGUCCUUGCCUGCCACUAGUAAUAUGACAUCGGACAUCUGCUUGACUGACCAGGCAGCAGAGCAACACAUGGGGUCUCCCAAAUGGUAUCACUGCUGCUCUUUGACCUAGAACUGUGUUGCUUUGCCAUGAAGGUUUUGUGCAAGUGCAGAAACCUAAUGCACGGCUUAGAUGCCUGCUCUUAGCAUUCCUACUCCAAGUAUUCAUAACUGACUAAUUAUGUGCACUUCUGUUGUCCCCUAGUCAGGGAUUAUGAAUUCUUCAUUGGCACAGUGGUAAGAGAUUUGCUGUUGAGGUCAAGAGGAUACAUUUUUCUUAGGAAUAUUUACAGUCCGUUAAUAUUUAUAAGGGUCACAGUGCUAAGGAAACAUAGCUGGCCUGUUUUAAUUUACAGCUUUGAAAUGCAUUCUUGUUUUAACUUUAUCCUUUUCAUUCUGUAUCCCUUCUUGUGGCACACGCUGUCUGCCUUUCCUUUCACUUUCUUUUUUGUUUGCACCAUCCAAAGCUCACACAUUUAUACGUCAUACAACCAUUCCGUUUUUUACAGGUGUCUAGGAGGGGACCUUUCAUGUAGCAUAGUGCAAAGUUUUGUCUACUGUGUACUGUACAUAGUGUAGACUUACAUCAGCACUGGCUGUUCUUAUCCAAAGGAUGCACUUCACUUUCCUUACUUUGUAGUGAAAGCUCUACAAUAGAGAGUGAUCAUCUACUGAAAUGUUCUAAUCUUAGUUUAAAAGGCGCCCUUUUCAGCGAGUGGGGACAUUUGGAUGCAUUUUUCUUUCAUUCUGUCACAUGGCUUUUCUUAAAAUGCUGAGCUUCAUUGUGUGUUCUGUAAUUCUGAAGUAAUUAAGUAGAUACAGACAGGAAGGAUUUUCAGCAGUAUGUCAACUGGGAAGUGGAACACUCCGUUAAAGUAGACUAUGUGCAACAAACAGCUUUUUGUUUUUUUAGGUCUGUCUGGGCACCCAGCAGUUUUAGAUAGCAUAGGUUACACUGAACAAGCAAGUUCUUGAAAUGAGAUGAAGCAUGUGUCAGUAAAUCAUAAUUUCAUUAAUGGCCUUCUUUCGUUAUCUUUUGAUGUAGAGGUCAUCAGAACUGUUUCAUCUCUGCCAGGUAAAACAGAGAAUGCAUCAUAUAGUGAAGUUUUGUCUGCUCCAUAUCCGAACCAGUAAUCCAUGGAGUACGUUCUUGCCCGGUUAAGUUAUGAAAACAUGCCAAGAUGCUUCAGAAGUAGCGUCACUGUAACAGUCUACAGUCUGCAUUCACGUAUGUUUAGGGUUGAGAUUUAAGCAAAUUCAAGGACUAAACCCCGCUGAGGUGCCUGUUUGUCUGGGAUCGCUGCAUGGGGAACUGUGUACUGUGUUUUUAAACUGAUCCUGUACCAGGAAAACCAAGGAGCAGUUAGUAGACAGCCAUUUUGUGAAUGUUUGACAACCUGGGACCAAAAAAAUUUUGAAGUUUACAUUCUAAUUUGUUGUGAUGUAAACCAGAGAGUGCGAGAGAGUUUAUUGAAAUUGUCCAGCCAGCUUUGCACUAAUCUUAAUGCUGUUUGUCUUUCCUUUUUUGUAUAUUCCGUUUUCAUGCUUGACUUUGUAUUUUUUACGGUUUCUCAAGGGUUAGUGAGUCAUUAAUUUUGUCAUCUUCAGAAUGGAGACUGCUCACUUUGAUGGUUUCUCUAUGUUUGCCUUAGGAAAGCAGACAUUUUGGCCCAUUUUGUUCCCUUUCCCUAGCCAGGCAAACCCACAGGAUUUCUGUUCAUGUUACAGCAGUGCUGGCAUCCACUGGGUUUUCCUGUUAAAGGCUUCCUUUUUGUACUGAAGUUGCACUUUUUAUGAACAAGUUGCUAUAAGGACAUGGCAAUGUACGAUAGAAACACUGAAAGCUGUCAAGUUGUGGACUGUGUUUCUAAGGAACAGAGCGAGGCAGUCUGGAAGGAAUUAUGUACACUGUGGUGAUGUACAAGGUAAUGACAUGGCAGAUCCCCUUCUAAACCACAGUUCACCUCCGGUUUGUAGCAACAAGCUUUGCUUGAAUGUAUUUGUUUUCAGUGUGCAGUGUGUAUAUUUGAAACCACAAACAUUAUGUGAAAUAUAUAAAUGUAUUCUGGAUUUAUAUAUUACACAUAGUGUUAGCAGUACUUUUUCUCUAUUUUAUCAGCAAGGAAGAAACACAGGCUUUUAAUGUUUUAUUUUUUUAUUAUGCAGUGCUUUUAUUUCUCACUAACAAUGUAUUGCAUUCUUGAAAUACUGAGUAUGUAUUAUUCAUAUAAUAAGGUACCAAAGAAGGGAUUGCAGUCAUUCCUUUGUAUGGAUUGCAAUAUUGUUUCAUAUUUUUCCAUGGUCAUGAAUCACUCUGUAUACAGAAUUCAUAUAAAAUAAAAAAAUGUAUAAAAUC